AUGGCUGCAGAUCAAGUAUUUGGUAGGAUAGAAAAAGUUCUUCGCAAAAAAGAAAUAAUUGUGUGUCCUACGCAAUACCAUGAUAUUUUCAAACAAUUUUGCCAGGUAAAAACCUAUGAAAAUGAUUUUAAAGUGUACAAUAUAAAAGAAGCAUGCAAGUCCAUUAUAAAUCCAAAAGGAUUUAAACUAACUGAACAAAAGAUGUUGUUGUACGAAAAAGGCAAAAAAACCAUUGGUGUUUCACAAAACUAUACUGACGAUUAUGUUUAUUUUAAAAUUAUAAAAAAAAAUUCAAGAAUUGAAUUAUUGGGAACAUUGGAAAUCCUUAAAAAACAAAACCACGUGAAACCCCCAAAACAAAAGGAUAUAAAAAAUUUGAUGCGUUUUUUCACAGUACCAACAACCACUUCAUUUUAUGAAGACAUUUUUAAAUCACAUGAAUUUGAUUCGAUUGAAGACUCAGCUCUUAACGAAGAAGGUGCUUGCAUUUAUUCAGAAGAUACAUCUUAUUAA